AUGCGCCACACGUGUGGCGGGUCCACGUGUCACAACGACGGCCCGACGCUGCGCUGCGCCCGGUGCAAGGUCCAGCGCUACUGCUCCCGCGCCUGCCAAGCAGAGGCAUGGCCGGCCCACCGGACGGCCUGCGGCCACAUGGUCAUGGCGACGACCUGGCAGGCCCUCGAGGCCGCGUGGUGGACCCAGCUCCCCGUCGCCGUGCGGCAAGCGCUCGAGGCUGACGGACUUACGAUCACCUCCAUGGCGUUCUUUGGCGAAGUGUACUUUGUCUUGGCGGGCCUCAAGCCCUGCGUCGUGCUUACCGGCGUGCCCACGCCUUGGAAAGAGCACUUUCUCGAGCAUGUGGUACGGCCCAGCGGCGUUCUCGGCGCGCCCAACGUGCGACUCGCGUCGUCUGGCAGCGUCCACACGCACGCGUUUGACUUGUCCAACCACGUUGUGCUGCUCCACACCAUGCAUCCCAUGUACGCCGAGGCCGCUUCGCUCCUCCACGUCGAUAUGCCACUCGCCGCAUCGGUUAUGGUCACCGAGUCGCAGGUCGCUCGCAUCCUCGACUACCCCGUCGGCCUCGACGAGUGCGCGGUCGGUACGAUGUUGGAAGUGGCUUAUUUUAGCAACGACACGCUUCUGACGACGUUCUGCGCGCUCGAUACGCCACGUCAUCGACGCCUCAUUAACGUUCACUUCCAACGCUACCAAAGUGCACUCGGCUCGAUGCUACCGCUGCGCAUCGAGGCCGUCGUCGUGUCGUCGUGAGUCGUCGUACUGCGCCUGGAUGCGCGCGGCCCAC